GCCACCGCCCGCCGCCAGUCAGCGCUCCGCCGGCGACGCGCUCACACGUCACGGUACGCUCCGCCCGCAGGACGCAGUGAAUGAGUGAACACACUACACACCCAGCAUGUUGCACGAGACGUGGCCCAUCGCGUGCCACAAGACCGAGACCUUCGAGCUGGACGCCUUGUUCGCAGAAGUCAACAACAACUAUUUAAAAGAGGGCGAGGCGGAGUGCGGCGCGGAGGGCAGCGGAGACGCGGAGAGCCCGCCCCCCCUGCCGCCGUUCGGCUACGCCCACCCGGGCGCGCUGUCGCCGUCCCACUCGCGCAGCUACCAGGAGCUGCGGCCGGCGGCACACGCGCGCGACAUGCAGGCCUACGCGCACCUCGAGGAGGUGUUCAAGCCGGGCACGCCGGGCGCCGGCUCCACGGACGGCGUGUACCUGCGCCGCAGCAGCCCCGACCUCAGCCCCUCGCCGGAGCGCCGCGACGACUUCCGCGCCGUGCACUACGACCAGUACCCGCCGGCGCCCGCGCCGCCGCCCUACUCCCACGACCAUCACCAUCACGUCGACGGUAGCGGUGGAGGAGGCGGGGGCGGUACUGUAUACUCACGCUGCGCGUACGCAGCUGGAUCACCUUACUUCGGUAAUGGCGCCGAGAUCGCCACACAACCUCAAAUAUGGAACUCUAGUGCAGGCGGCUCGCCCAGCUACGGAGGCUCGGGCGGCGGCGUGGUGCUGGGCGAGGAGUACGCAGAGGGCGCGGGGGGCGCGGAGGGCGCGGGCGGGGGCUCGCUGCCCGCCUUCAGCGCGCGCUUCGGCGGCGCCUUCGCGUGCGCCACCUCGCGCCCCAACACCGUGUACGGCGCCGCCGUGCCGCCCUACUCGCACCAGGAGGUGUGGAACUUGGAAAGUAAUCGUCGACCACAGCUGUCCGCUGCUGCCAGUCUCUCUGCCAUCGACGUGGCGGAGUUUUUCACGGAGGGGCGUGAGUGCGUGAACUGCGGCGCCAUCCACACGCCGCUGUGGCGUCGCGACGGCACCGGCCACUACCUGUGCAACGCGUGCGGGCUCUACAACAAGAUGAACGGCAUGAACCGGCCGCUGAAGCAGCCGCGGCGGCUGGUACGUCAGCGCGUCGCCGCGCCGCACGCGCCCGCGCACGCGCACGACAUGGGCACCAAGCGGCCGGGCAUGUCGUGCACCAACUGCCAGACCACGACCACGUCGCUGUGGCGCCGCAACUCGCUCGGCGAGACCGUCUGCAACGCGUGCGGCCUCUACUACAAGCUGCACAACAUCAACCGCCCGCUCGCCAUGAAGAAGGAUUCCAUACAGACAAGGAAGCGAAAACCGAAGAACAGCAUAAAAGCGGAGCGAAGUAUCAAGACUGCUGUGCAGCGCACCAUCACGUCCGGCGUCAAGAUCGAGAAUCUGUUGGAGACUGGCUCGGGCGGCGGCAGCGGCGCGCGCUCUCCGCUGGCGCUCAACUACUACGUGCAGCCGCACCCGCUGAAGCUGGAGGAGCCGCCGCCGGCGCACAGCGCGCACGGCCCGCACGCGCCGCACGCGCCGCACGCGCCGCACGCGCUGCCGCACGCGCACGCCGCGCACCCGCACGCCGCGCACGCGCACGCGCUCUACGACGACGAGUACCGGCGCUCCGCCGACGAGCGCGUCGAGCGCCCCACCGUCGUGUCGCUGGGCAGCUGAGCGAGGCGCCGCCACCUCGCCCUAUAGAAUCUCAGUUGUUAGGUACGUUAGCUAGGACUUAGUGUAGGAAGCGCGAGCGACGAGUCGCUGCUAGUUUACCAAAUACGGAGGCGCCGCCUCGCGACGAUGUACUGCGUGCCACGAGUUAACUGUGUGUUCCCACUGUUACCAAAUAAUAAUUAUGUAUAAUAAUAAGCGAUGAGACUGUAUCUAAAUCAUUCCUAAAGUGUUGCAUUCCUAGGUAGAUAGCUUAUAUGUUCAUAUUAUACAUUAUUGUAAAGAGUACUAUGCUGAUGUUAAAUUAAGAGGCUGUUUUAAAUGGAAACAGCGAAAAUUAUAUUUCUAUGUUGAAUUAUUAAAUUUAUAUUUUUGUAAUUGUAAAAUAUUAUUAUGCUAAGGUGCGCACUCACAUGCUCUCUCAAAGACUUAAUGAAAUUUGAAAUUCUGUGGCAUAAUAUUAUGAUAGUUUGAUACUAGACGUUAGUGUUAAUUGAUCGGAUCAGGUGGUUCGUUGAAUACUACUUGCGUCGGUUAUUCAUGAAAAUAGUAGGCCCAUUGUUAAUGAUUUGAAAGUAGUUAACCCAUACACGCAUAUUUAUCCGGAUUUUCCGAUAAGUUAUACGCGUGUGCAAUGAAGUUAUAGGUAUAUUCAUAGAUUAUCCGUAGGUUCUCGUUACAACAUUAGCUGCUGGUGGUCGUCAUCAUCAGGUUGCAAGAGCAUGUAAGUGCGCAUCGCGUGCACAUCUAGUAAAAGUAUAGAUUACCUAGAUAGAUAGUAUAGAAUAUCGUUGACUCCAUGACUUCACGACACAUUCCCCGAAUACGAUAGCUCGUAGGAGAGCCGCGGGCCCUCCUGCGCGAUAGUUAAGCGGAACGCAUAGAUCUGAGAGACCUCUCUAAUGCUAAAAUCCGAAUUAUAUUAUAUUAAUGUUAACAAAAAUAAAUAAUAAAUGUAAUUUUAUGUUUUUUUUUAUAUUAUGUCGACUAUUGUUGCAUGUUAUAUGAAAGUAAUAUAUAAAUCUCAUAAUGUUGAUGGAGUACACGCGAAGCUGUCGUGUGUGUCGUGGCUUGCGGCUGCGCAGCGCCCGGCACUCGGCGACGAAUAUUAUAUUUACGUUUGUAAUACAUAAGUGUAGAUAUAUAUAAUGAUGUUACGGUAUUUAUGUGUUGUAGUUACUGUAGCGCGUUGUCGGACAAGCGUCAAUGAGGUAAACAUGUAACUUUGUAAAUAGUAAAUACUUAAGCGAUCAGAAGUACACCACGAAUUAAAUCAACUUAAAACUGA